CAGACAUCUCCGCGUCCUCGUCGAAAUCGCGACAGGAUCAACUGAGCUCAAUCAGCCGCCUGAUCAAUACCCAGAAAGGCAUAUCAUUCCUCUUACUUUUGCCGCUUACAACACCUGCCACCACGCCAAGAUGGACUUUCAAGACAAUGCCUUGCGCAAGCGUCGCUGUGAUACCCUUGUCAAUUCCAUGGAUAGUGCCAUGCUUGCCAUGAAUAGGAGCCAGAGCAUCUUCGAGUCCAAGAGCGACUGGUACCAGGAGAUCGUGCUCAGGGGUGCCCAGGCCAAGGGCUAUCCUACCAUUGAAGCCCUGAAGGCAGACAUGGUGAGCCUGAUGGAAGACGUCGACAAAACGGCCAUGGACCUGUUCGACGCGUCCCAGGAGGGCAUGUCCAAGAUGUACUGGGCCGUUGGCGGUCUCGGGAUUCUGUGCCUGGCGGUUGGCGCAUAUGGGACUCUCCACCCCAAGGUGUUUUAUGGAGAAAAGUUGGGGGCGAAGAAGGCGAACAAGGUAACGGUCCUCAAGAACGCCCUCACGUACCGUCUCACCGUCUCCGGCCCUAGAGAGCUGAAGGUCAAACGUGCACUCGGCAUCAUCAGCGACAGUAAAUUCAACAAGAUAAUGGGCGACGCUUCCCGGGUCGCACGCAUGGUCAGCGUGCAGAAUGCUAGUGAAUUUGCCAAAGGGGGCAAGUUUGCCGAUGCACCUAUCGUCAUGGAGGCCGCCAAAACGCUGAAGCGCUUGAAAUGGGUCACGAGAGGUGCCGCGGCGCUUGGGAUCCUGGCUGAGGGUCUCGCUCUUGGCGCCGACGCUGCUGUCGGUGAGGUUGUGAAGGGCAAGCUGAGAGAAGCCAUCCACGCGCUUGCCGCCCAGCGCUUCGCUAUGAAGAAACAGGAGCUGCUGGGGCGCGUCUAUGACACCUUCAACGAACAAGUCGCAAGCGCCGUGUCGGCGUGGGUUAACUACCAGGAUGCGGCAGACGAAGGCAGUAAAGACUAUCACGACGCCGACAAGGCCCUGGAGAAUGCCCUGGACGCGGCCAACCAAUGGAUGUACAAUGCCAUGGCCGAUGUCUGCGACUGCAAGGUUCUCGAGGAAUGCGCAGCCGAGGACAAGAUCCUGAACGCGUGGACAAACGAGGACCCCUCCUACCGUCAGAUCCUUGAGUUGAUAAACGACGACAACACGGAGCCUACCGACGUUCCUGAGUGUGAGAUUCACCACCCCACCGGCAAAAAGAAGACGCAGCCCCUGCCGCAGGAAAGCGCCCAGAGCGAGAUCUAUCCGACCCUUCUCCAGGGUAGUAGUGCCGUCACGGCAAGUAACUGCCGAUAUGUCGAGCUUAACGAGGGGAAGGGCUGCCUCUGGCGCAUCCGCGGCACCUUCUGGACCUUCCAGCAGGCUGGCAACGUCAACACCGAUGGCGAGCCGCAAGGGCUCAACACUUCUCGCAUCCGGCUGCAGGAACGACGGCGCACCAGCGACAAGAUCUACCUCCAGAACAUCAAAAACUGGUCGUGGAACGAGGUCAAGGGCAACUGGGACCCGCCCGCCCGAGACCAGUUGUUCCCUUUCGUCGUGCUCAACUUCGCCAACGGCAAGCUGGAGACUCUGCCCGGCUCGAUCAGCCUGGACAGUCCGGGAAGCGCUGCUCCCUGGGGCGGCCGGACCAUGGAUCCCAAUUCCUACAGCAACCUCGCUCACCUCAACGGCUGGACACUCUAUUACGUCCCCGCGGUGCGUUACGAAGGACAGGAGUUCCCACUCGAUAACGCUCACGAGCAAAACAAGAAAAUGGGAUGGAAGUACACGUUUCCGUUACCAGCCGAGGAUCCAGAGAAACCCACCGAAGACCACAUGGUGAGCGGCUUGCUCGAGGUGUCCAGGUCCAAGGACAGGAUUGACCUGGCGAGCAAGGACUUGUUCACCAAAAAGAAUACUUGGCCCAAGGCCUCUGUCGACGUUGCCACGAAGCGGAUCGUGUUUCAGCAGGCCCAAGAUAACGAGGAGAUGAGCUAUGACAUUGAGACCGUCAAGGAUAUGUGGAAGGCGCGGAUGAACUUCACGUAAUAGAUCUUUAACAGGGGGAAAAGAGAAGUAAGAAGGAGGGGAGAUUGCGUGGAUCUAUUGUAUGUCCUUUUGUCGUUCCUAACGAACA